CCCGUCGGCUCUUACAUUUUCAUUUCUCUCAACAUGGGUAUGAAGUUCUCGUUUUCACUGCUGUUUCUGAUCCUUUUUUUUUCAAGAGCUGAUGGUCUUUUUGGUCAUGGUGUGUUCCACUGCCAGUUUACUUCCCCUGAUGACUUUGUUUAUUUGGAACAAAUGUUCUUCAAUAAAGUGCUACAAAUCCAAUACAACAGCACUUUAGGGAAGUAUACCGGCUACACAGAGAAAACAAAAGAGAUUGCAGAAGGCCUCAACAAAAAUCCAAAAUUUAUAAAAGAAGAAAAAAAAAAUGAACUGAAAUGCAAGAACCACAUCCCAUUGUUUUUUGAUGUCUUUUUAAAACCAGACCUCCAUUUGGAGCCCUCUGUCAGGGUGAGGUCAGUGCAAGCAGCGAGCAGUCAACACCCAGGCAUGCUCGUCUGCAGUGUGCACUACUUCUUUCCCAAACCAAUCCGAGUGACUUGGCUGAGGAACGGAAAGGAGGUGACAUCUGAUGUGACGUCCACUGAGAAACUGUCCAAUGGGGAUUGGCAUUAUCAGAUCCACUCCUACCUGGAGUUCACACCUGUACCUGGAGAGAAAAUCACCUGCAUGGUGGAGCACGCACACCUCAUGAAGCCCAAGCUUUGCGAGUGGGAUCCGAGAACUGAUCGAGAGUCAGAGAACAACAAGAUUGCUGUCGGGACAGCGGGGCUGCUGCUGGGUCUGGUGUUUUUUGUUGCUGGGCUGAUUUACUUCAAGAAGAAAACUUAUGGACGAGAGUUGGUGCCAACUAAUUCUAUUUAAAGCAACCUUGUAUUGAACUUGGAGGAAAUGUUUUCAAAUCUAUACUUUUACAGUUCACAUUUAUGUGGGCUCCUUUUAGAAUUAAAAGGUUUGAAUAAACCCUGAAAUAAGUAGUUCAGGUGAUGAGCAAAAAGAAUGUGAAAAGACAGUGCAUUUUUUAUUUUGCAUUAUGAAUUAAAUUAAAUGACAUUUUCUUUUAUACAUAAAAAUAUAUAUACACAAAACUGUAGUUCUGGCUUUUACAAAUGUUGUUUUGUAAGCCAAGGCAUGUUAAUGGGCCAGGCUACAAUCUGAUCUGAUAACCUUUUUGUACUGGAUGAUAUACAAUCAGUCAUAUAUUGUCUCUGUAUGCUCUAUAAAUCAUAUUUCCUGUGUUUUGCUUUCAAAACUAAAUAAAUCUUUAACCAAAAGAGAA